AUGUCGGUUGUUGAAACUCUUGUUGAAGGAGCCUAUGCGUUGAUUGUGCAAGUGGCUUCUUGGUUUAUGGCCUUAGGUCUUUUACAGAAGUUGUUCCUUAUCAUCGCCUUUCCUUUCGUUUAUUCUAUCACUUGGCAAUUCUUGUUCUCUCUCCGUAAGGAUAGAGUUCCUUUGGUGUUUUACUGGAUCCCUUGGGUUGGUUCUUCUGUUACCUACGGUAUGCAGCCUUAUGAGUUUUUCAGUAACUGUCAGAAGAAAUACGGCGAUUGCUUCUCGUUCAUGUUGCUUGGUAGAGUUAUGACGGUUUACUUGGGACCAAAGGGUCAUGAGUUUGUUUUUAAUGCCAAGUUAUCUGACGUUUCUGCUGAGGCUGCCUACAGUAACUUGACGACUCCUUGUUUCGGUAAAGGUGUCAUCUAUGAUGUUCCCAACUGGAAAUUGAUGGAGCAGAAGAAGUUCGCCAAAGUCGCUCUUACAACUGAAUCGUUUAUUCAGUAUGUUCCAAUCAUGAGGGAAGAAAUUCUCAAGUACUUUUCUACAGAUCCUGUCUUCCAGGGAAAGUCCGGCAAAGCGAACGUCUUGAAGACUCAGCCUGAAAUUACUCUAUUCACUGCAUCUCGUUCUUUGAUGGGCCGUGAUUUAAGAAACACUUUGAACAGCUCUUACGCACAGUUAUUUAGUGACUUGGAUAAGGGUUUUACUCCUUUGAACUUUGCCUUCCCACAUUUGCCAUUGCCUGGUUACAAGAAGAGAGAUAAUGCCCACGCUAAGAUCACCGAAACGUACAUGGAGUUGAUUAACAAGCGUAGAAGUGACGAUGGUAACCAUGACAAGGACCUAGUUGAUGCACUUAUGAACAAUUCUACUUACAAAGAUGGCACCAAGAUGACCGACCAACAGGUGGCUAAUUUGAUGGUUGGUGUCCUCAUGGGAGGUCAGCAUACUUCUGCUUCUACUUCUGCCUGGUUCUUGCUCCAAUUGGGUGAAAGACCCGACUUGCAAGAAGAGCUCUACCAAGAAAUCAAGAAGGCUAUUGGUGAUCGUGAAUUGAAGUGGCAAGAUCUUGAAAAAAUGCCCCUCCUUAACAAUAUUAUUCGUGAAACUUUGAGAAUGCAUCAUCCACUUCAUUCUGUCUUCAGACAGGUUAUUCAUGACUUGCCUGUUCCUGAUACUAAAUGGGUUGUUCCUGCUGGCCACUAUGUUUUGGCCUCUCCAGGUUGGUCUAUGACUAACGAGAAAUACUUCCCUCAUGCCGCUCACUUUGAACCCCACAGAUGGGAUAAAUUGGCCGGCUCUGGUGGUGGUUUCAUCAAGGAGACCUCAAACUUAGACACCAAUGAGAAAAGCGAUAGUGUUGAUUACGGUUUCGGUAAGAUUUCAAAAGGUGUUUCGUCUCCCUACCUACCUUUCGGUGGUGGAAGACAUAGAUGUAUCGGUGAGCACUUUGCAUACACUCAAUUGGGUACUUUGUUGGUGACCUUUGUCCAGAAUUUCAAGUGGAAGAGUAAGGUUCCUGAUCCUGAUUAUUCUUCUAUGGUUGUUCUUCCAAGUCAACCCGCUGAAAUUGAGUGGGAGAGAAGAGAGUAG